AUGCUUGAAAAAGUGUUGGCAAGUCAGGAAAAUACAGAAAAGAUAUUAUCUGGGCUAUCAGAGAUAGUGGUUUCUCACUCAGCGGCUAUUCAAAACCUUGAACAGCAGAUGCGUGACCUUUCCAGAGAGCAGUAUCCUGCUAGAAAGAAAGGACCUCCUAGUGAUACUAUUCCAAACUCAAAGAAUGGUGGCGGUGUGGAGCGUACUUUUGCUAUUAGCACGAGAAGUGAUCCGAUUAUUGAGGAAAAAGAGGUGCAUUCUGAUGUGCCUAUAGUAGAUGAUAAGGUCCAUGUUGAAGAGAAAGUUGCUGAUAUUCCAGCUGUUGCUACUAAUACUAGGAAACAGAUGAUAAAAGGGGCUCUUCGCCCUUUGACUCAGAUGUACAAAGCAAAACCUCCCUUUCCUCAGAGGUUGGCAAAGAAGAAUGAUGAUGCUAAGUGUCAAAAGUUCUAUGAUCAGUUGAAGCAGUUAACGGUGAAUUUUCCAUUCUUAGAUGUUGUGAAAGAGAUGCUCGGAUUUGCUAAGUUUGUGAAAGACCUUCUUACGAAGAAGAGGUUCGUUCAACAUAAGACAGUAAAUCUAACUCAUUGCGUGAGUUCGAUUAUUGCUUCUACCACGGUUCAGAAGAAGGGAGAUCCAGGGGCAUUUACCAUUCCGUGUAAUAUUGGGCUUCAUGCAUUCGCUUGUGCUCUGUGUGAUAAUGUGGCGAGUAUCAAUCUAAUGCCCCUUGCUAUUUUCAAUAAAUCUAGAUUGGGAAUGCCUAGACCGACUUCUAUGCAAUUACAAAUGGCGGACAUAUCCAUCAAAAAGUUAGUUGGGAUUAUAGAUGAUGUGUUGGUACAAGUGGGUAAGUUCAUGUUGCCUACUGAUUUCAUUAUUCUAGAUUGUGCGAUUGAUAAAGCUAUUUCCAUCAUCUUGGGAAAACCCUUCCUUGCUACGGGCAGAGCGCUUAUGGACUCUGAAAAGAAUGAAAUCAAGUUCUGA